GCGUCGUGUAGCCAUCGUUGGUGGUGGACUUGUUGGUGCCCUUGCUGCACUUUACUUUGGAAGGCGUGACUGGAACGUCGAUCUUUUCGAGCUUCGUAAGGACCCUAGAAUUCCAGGAAAUCAAACUAGUCUUUCACAAAAGUCGAUCAACCUAGCUUUGUCAACUCGUGGACUAAGUGCAUUGGCAAAUACUGGUUUAAAUCUUGAUGAAAUGGUGUUAAAUUUUGUUAUCCCAAUGAAAGGAAGAAUGAUCCAUUUAGAUAAAGCUCAUUGCAUGGUGCCAUUUUACGGACAAGGCAUGAACUGCGGAUUUCAAGAUGUUGAACUACUUGACAGGAUCUUUGAAAGAUUCAAUAUCACCGCAUUCUAUAAUGAUGAUUAUGAUGACAAAUUGGAAAUGGCAUUGGAAGAGUACACAAAACUUCGUCAUGAAGAUGCAGUAGCAAUUUGUGACUUGGCAAUGUAUAAUUAUAUUGAGAUGAGAUCUAAUGUAGUAAAUCCUUGGUAUUUAGUAAGGAGAAAGGUUGAAGUUGAGCUUCCCGACUCUCGAUGUGAGAUUGAUGAAGAAACUUCCGACUCUCGUGAGAUUGAAGAAGAAAAGUUAAAUAUAAU